AUGACGGAAGAACAGAAAUUUAUCUUCGAUCUCAAAGGUUACCUGUUAAUACCUGAAGUUUUAAAACCUUCGGAAAUCACGGCACUGAAAGCACAAAUCGAGACUAUCCGAACAGAUCCUGAAUCUUUGCCGCCACAUGAACGACAGUUUCCAGGAGGCACGGCAUCAUUUUUAAUCGAUCAUCCGGUAGUGAUCGAUAUUCUCCACGAGAUUUUAGGAGAAGUUCGGAUGGAGUCCAGUUGGUUCACCUAUCGCACUGCAGGAAACGGCGGACCUCCACCUCAUGGUGGUGUGCGAAAUGUGAAUCCCAACUUCAACUAUCAAUCUCGAAACGGGAAGAUAUACUCCGCCCUGACGCGAGUUGUCUUUGAACUGAACGAAGUCGAAGCAGGUCAGAACCAAGUGGAGCUGCAAACUGCCGAUAUAGACGCGCCAAUGCUCGCUUCCAACGAAUUGCUAAUAGACACAGAAUACACCUUCAUUAGUAGCGGUACAGAACUCGCAAAUUACACAGGGAGAGAACCAAAAGUCUUCCAGAAGGGAGCAUGUCGGGUGCUGGUGUUACCCGCGCUGCACCCCGGCGAUCGGGUUUUCACAUACGGACGGCAUGCCUCAACGAUCCGAUAUUCACAAGAUCGACUGGUCGCGCCCGUUAGAGAAGCAGUGGAUCCAGCUGUGGUUGCAGCCUCACGGAUGGCAGGCGUUGCGAUGACAGCGAUUGUUGUCGGAGAAAUUGGGACGAACCCGUGGGUCGUUGUCUUUGGAUUAGGGCUUGUUGGAAAUUUGGCAUCACAGUUGUUUCGGAUUCAUGGAUGUCGCGUGAUUGGCGUGGACCCGGUAGCAGAGAGGCGGGAUCUCGCACAGCGGUGUGGAAUCAAGUAUACCGUCGGCGGCAAUGCUGACGAAGCACAAGCACAGAUUGAGGAAAUGACGGGUGGUGAACUUGGGGACAUUACGGUCGAUGCUGUUGGACACAGUGGCGUUGUUAUGCAAGCACUCCGCGCCACCGCUAAUCAUGGGCAACUUAUUAUCCUCGGUUCGCCGCGCGUCCGAGUUGAUGGAAACCUGACCGAUCUGCUCUCUGAAACACAUCUGCGAUGGAUUACCAUUCAUGGCACACGGCUCGCCGCCGGUGGUGAUGGACGUAUUUGGAUAUACGAUACAGAUAGUGGGGCGCAAUUUGCGAUGCUCUCGGGCUACACGGAACACAUGCGGGCAUUGGCAUUUGCUCCAGAUAACUCUUUGCUUGCCAGUGGAAGCGAAGACAAUACGCUCCGACUCUGGGACACCGCCACUGCUCGCGAAGUGCUAACUCUGGCUGGGGAUUCUAAUCUGAUGAAUGCAUUGGCAUCAUCUUCACCUGACGGCGUUCCGCUUCCCGGAUGGGACCCGCGCACAGAACGGUUGCUCGCCUCUUCCACUGAAGCCCCAGGACGGAUUAGAAGCCUGGCAUUUUCAUCGGAUGGAACAACACUCGCGAGUGGAAGUGGGGACGGCAAAAUUCGCUUGUGGGACAUCGAAACGGGUAGGCUGCUGUCCACCUUCUCGGCACAUGACGGACUUGUCUUGGCUUUGGCAUUUUCACCGGAUGGAACAACGCUCGCGAGUGGCGGUUCGGACACACUUGUUCGGCUCUGGAAUUUGGAAGACAAGCACUUACUCACGAUAUUAAGAGGUCAUACCGACUCAGUCAGUGCGUUGGCAUUUUCUACCGACGGCUACGAUGCAAUCGAGAUGAUGUGCGGACCAGAAGCGCAUAUCCCCUCUGGCGAAGUCACCGACGGUUUGCUCAAAGAGGUCAAAACGAUGGUAACUGACAGUGGCUUAGAGGUCUCUGUCAUUAAUCCGUUUACGGGAAAAGGCUUAUACCAACUGGCAGAGGAGGACCAGCAAGGUGCAGUUGACCAUUACGCCCUUCUUCAAGACGUAGCAGUCGCACUUGGGGCAGGUGGUGUUAAUUUCCUCACUGGGUAUGGCAGCGAGAAAGGCGAUGCCUUCGCAUGGCGGCUUCUCGUUGAUGUCCUGAAGCCGAUAUGCCGACGCGCCGAAAAACUCGGUAUCACAAUGAACAUCCACAAUCACGAAGCAACGACAAUCGAUGCCUCUUCUAAGGUUACGCUUCUGAUUGAACACGUUGGAUCUGACGCACUAAGGCUCCUUAAUGAUAUUACCAAUUUCUAUCACCUCGGCGAAGAUAUUGCCGAAGUCACUGAAAAACUGGGACCGCUCACUACGCAUUGCCAUGUAAAAGGCGUGACAGGGAUGUACCCUUACAGUACCUUUCUGAUUCCGGGGGAAGCAGGAGAUGAGUUGGAUUUCCGAACCUUUGCAGAGAGUUUAGGGAAAGACUGCCUGCCGGAUUUGUCGCGAGUAGUUAUGUCCCGCAGCAUGCCCGAUGCGAUGGUGCCAGAAGACAACAUCCCCCGCGUUCCCGUAGCAUUCAACACCCGUCUCUCUGCUGAUACGCUCGCGGUCGAUGUCAUAUUGCGGUGA